AGUUCUGAGAGAGACAGAGAGCACUGCCUGAGUGCAAUCUGGAAUAAAACAAAAAAAAAUAGCAGCAAAGACCAGAAAGGAGGGGUAAAACAAAGAAGAAAAGUUAAUCUGAGGGAACGGGGUUUUCUUUUUGUCAUAAUUGUCUGUAUCCUCAGCAUACACAAUUACAAAAGCUCAUUCUCAUAGGAUCAGUUUUAUUACUUCAAACUGCAGUUUGUUCCUCCUUUAAUAUUUGUGCCACCGCCGCUUCUCUGAUGCUGCAGUAAUAGCCUCAUUACAACCGGCACAUUUAGACGGGAAUCGCUAACGGUAACACAGAGGCGCUUUGAGUCGACUGAGGUGAACAGGGGUUCUUGGUAAUGGAGGACGCAGAGAACUACACCAGCCUACAGGAGUUCACUGAGGACAUCUCAUGCAGAGGAAACAAACCAAUCCUCUACACAGCAGGGGGCAAACAAGGUGCGCAGGGAGGGAAGUGGGGGGCAAGGAGACAGACUGUCCUUCUCCUCAUCACCACCCUGCUGGUUUCCGUCAGCGCCAACAUCGCCCUGGGUGUCCUCUUGUACAAUAGGCCCAGCAUCAGUCCGUGUUCACAGGUUGUGGAAAACACUGCACCUCCCCCUUCUCUCUCUCGCAAGUACGAUAACCUUCAGAAUCGCUACUCACAGCUCUGCCAGGAGUACACUGACAUAGGGAAGAAAUGCAGCCAAUCGGGAGUCAGUGUGAAAAGGUGUAAGCCGUGUCCAGACUCAUGGCUGCACUUAGAGGACAAGUGUUACUAUUUUAGUCCAGACAAGAUGGACUGGAAGGAGAGCAAAGAAAACUGCGAGAGCAUGGGAAGCUACCUCACCAUCCUGGAGAGUCACAAACAGCAUGAGGCCCUGGAGAAAGAGGCACGCAAAAUAGGAGGGUUUGACUACCACUUCUGGAUUGGCCUGUCGGACAUAGAGACAGAGGGGGAAUGGAAAUGGGUGGACAACACACCGGUUAACAACACAUACUGGGAUGAUGUGCACUCUGAGCCAGACAACCACCUUUCAGGUGGUUUGCAUGGUGAGGACUGUGCCGUCCUAAACUCACACUCCAGGUCCUGGUUUGAUGUCCCAUGUGAGUUCAUUUACAAAAGGAUCUGCGAAAUGGCUGCCGUCAAAGUGGACUGACUGAUGUCACUGCACGACCCACGACCGAACAAAAUGCUCAGCCAUGAAGAGAAUUCAUACUGAUGGCUUAAGCUUUCAUCUCUUCAAGAUCUGAGCCUGCUGUUUGCCUUAGUAUAUGCACUUUGUAAAUUGCUCUGGAUGAGGAGUGUCGGCUAAAUUACUUAAUGUGAAUAUAAAUGUGAGACUGUAUAAGUGCAUAUACAUAUACAUCCAUAAAAAUCACAAUGGCAGUAAUGGAUUAUUGUAAAUCAUUGGAAAUAUUAUAUUUUAUAUAUAGCAGCUCGGUUCUCCUAAUGUAUAUGUACUAUACACAAUCAUGUGCUUUUUGUCACUAUGGUCAGGAAUGGCUGGCAGUCCCUGUUUGAAAAAGAAAUCAGAUAACAGAAUAAAGCAGUGAACAGAGGGUUUGUAACAGUCAGAGAGGCAAAGGAAAAAGUGGAGAAACGCAGGCCUGAUGGUACAGUGAGGAGAAGAAUGUCUGUAAGUACCUUUUAAUCAAUAAAAGACUGGAUAGAAAUUAGAUGAAUAAGCCAAAACCAACUCCCAAGAAGUUCAAACAUGAAAGUACACCCGUCUUAUUUUGUCCUACUUUCUGCUCUUUGGUAAAAAUUCAACAUUUGAAACAGUUUUUAUUAUUUCUAAUUGUAAUCAAAAUUCCUAAAUGCAUUGCACUUCAUGGAAUCAUAGAGAAUUAGAUUUCACUGAUAUUUCAAUUCAGAUUUAAUUGAAAUUUAAUGGAAACUGUGGAUAUGAUCCAGAGAUACUUAUAGCUAAGUGCCAAAUCAAACAUACAGAAAGUAUGGAGAAUUAAUUGUCUUUGUCUAAUGAAUAUUAGAUCUUGGGGUAAUGUGAAUGGGUUUUUUAUUUCAUAUAGUAGCCUUCUAAUACAAAUAAUUAUUUAGGUUAUUCAAUAGCUAUUGGGUCUGGAUAAAAUCCCAGAGUCUCGAGUAAGUAGUCAACUCAGAGAGUUUUUAUAUGCACACAGGAACUUUAGUGAGCCUCAGUCAACUUUCAGAGCACUUAAUAGUCAAUGAUAUUAUCAGUGCCUUAGAUUCUGAACAACACCGUGCUUCUCUUUUCAUUGAUCUAUCAAGGAUUUUGAUACUGAAUAUUAUGAAAUAUUAAUAAAUAUGGGACUCUCCCAUAAGGCUGCAGAAAAUUGUGAAAAUAAUCUUUUUUUUUACAGAACCCACUGCAUUGUGGUUAAGGAUGAUAAAUCAGACUUUUAAAAUGUCAAUAAAGUUAUUCCUCAAG